AGUUGUUUUGCACCCUCCACUUCCGCCUCACUUUACAUGGUAUCAGAGCAGAUUUUGCCAGUUCCUGAGAUAUCGUCGCCACCAGGGGUUUUGACUCCAUAACCAUCGGCCUAGUAUCGGAAGUGAAGCCAUUGUAGAGGAGAUUUUGCCAGUUCCUGAGACAUCGCCACCGACAGGGGUUUUGACUCCAUAACCACCGGCUCAGUAUCGGAGGUGAAACCAUUACAGAGGAUUCCGACGUUGAAGCCAAACCAGAUUCCUCCUUUCCUGUUUUGUCACGAUCAUAGUGUGGAUUGGAGAUUGGAUUUCUUGAUUGGGUUUUUCAUCUCGUAUUGAUAGUAAUAUCGAUUACCCUUUUAUUUUCUUUUCUCCUUGGUUGAUUUGCAUUUUGAUUUGUUGCUGUGGAAUUGGAUUCAAUAAUGACCGAGAAAAAUGAGACUUUGGCUAUCAAAUUAGAUGGAAAGAAUUUUUCUUUGUGGAAAUUCCAUUUUCAAUUCUUUGUAGAAGGCAAAGGAGACUAGACUUUCAACACAAGCCACGCUAGACAAAGGGGAAGCUGAAACUACAUUUGUUGCUAGUAAAACCUUGGGAAGGACAUCGCAGAAGGAUUUUUCUAAGGUGCAAUGUUUUGAAUGCCGAGAAUUUGGCCAUGUUGCAUCUCGUUGCAAGAAGAAGAAUGCUUGUGUUUAUUGCAAACAAUCUGGACAUAUUAUUACAGAUUGUCUUGAGCUGAAGCAAAAGGGGACUAAUUCCAAGCAGAAAUCCAAUCAUUGAGUAUAUCAAGCAACUAGUUCUCGAUGCCCUAAAUCAAUUCCUACACUGUCAUCUGCAUCAUCUGCUACAAAUAAUCCUAGUUUUGUGGAAGGCAAAGAUUCACCUGUCUCAGAUGAAGUUCAAAAAUUGGUACAAAAUUCAGUAUCCUCAGCUAUUGCUUCUGCUUUUUCUGCUAUUGGUCUAUCUGGACCGUCGCAUUGGGAUAGUGAAAGGGAAGGGGCGUAGGAUUGGUCGCUUGUUUGCCUUGGAAUUUGACAAAGGACAUAGUGAUGCUGGUUUAUUUGUUUCUUCUAAUAAAGAUGUCUCUAGUUCUCAUAAUAUUUGGCACUUAUGGCAUCGUAGACUUGGUCAUCUCAAUGUUGAGGGCAUUCAGUCUCAGAGGUCAUGUCCUACUACCCCACAGCAAAAUGCUAUUGCUGAAAGGAAAAAUCGUCAUAUUUUAGAGGGUUUUUUGUGUUAUGAUCCAAAAAUUGGUAGAAUUCGUAUUUCUAGACAUGUGGUUUUCUUGGAAAAUUUAUUUUAUUUUGAUGCAAUUGCAAAACCCAAUAAUUCCUCACCUUCUGUGUUGCAUGACUUUUCGCUUGAUCAUAAUGCUCCAGCAGAACAAGUUUCCAUUGAUCAAUUCCAUGUAGCAGAUGAACAACCUCAAACUUGUUCCUUUCACCAACCAGAAGAUGGUACACCUGUGGAUGCUCAAUCAGAGGCUGUUAGCAUUCCUUGCUGGAAGGAAGCUAUGGAUUUUGAAUUAAGUGCCUUAUUGGAGAAUGAUACUUGGGAUAUGGUACCUUGUCCUUCUAAUGUGUCUAUUAUUGGUAGCAGGUGGGUCUUUUCUGUUAAGCUCAAAGCAGACGAUAGUAUUGAGUGGUAUAAAGCAAGACUUGUUGCCCAAGGUUAUAAGCAAGAGUAUGGAAUUGAUUAUAUAGAAACAUUUGCACCAAUGGCUAAAAUGACUAUAGUGAGAUUACUUAUUGCUCUUUCAGCAAUGCAUCAGUGGCCUAUUUCUCAAAUGGAUGUGAAGAAUGCUUUUUUGCAUGGGAAUUUGAAAGAAACUGUUUAUAUAAAGCCUCCUCCAGGUUAUUCACAUUCUAAAUCCAUGGUUUGCAAAUUAAAGAGAUCAUUAUAUGGUCUUAAGCAAGCUCCUCGAGCUUGGUUUGAACGCUUCCGUCAAGUUAUUGUGGAUGCUGGGUGUGUUCAGAGUUCUCAUGAUUAUUCCUUGUUCAUGCAUAACUCUACGCAAGUUGUUACUCUACUUUUGAUUUAUGUCGACGAUAUGCUUAUUACCGGUAGUAAUAAGGAAGGUAUUGCUAAGUUGAAAGAGUUACUUUGUCGUUCUUUUCAAAUGAAAGAUUUGGGGCCACUGACUUAUUUUCUUGGUUUAGAAGUUCACUCAUCUUCUCGAGGUUAUGCGAUGAAUCAACGGAAGUAUGUUCUGGAUUUGAUCCAAUUUGCAAAUUUAUCUGAUGAUAAAUGUGUUGACACUCCAAUGGAAGUAAAUUUCAAGCUUAGGAAGGAGGAUGGUGAAAAACUCUCUAAUCCUAGCUUUUAUCAUCAACUUGUGGGUCACCUCCUUUAUCUUACUAUGACUAGACCUGAUAUUGCUUAUGCUGUGCAAGUGGUUAGUCAAUUUGUUGCAGAUCCUCGGUGGUUACAUCUAACGGCUGUUCUUCGCAUAAUUUGAUAUCUUCGUGGCACUAUUUCGAGGGGACUUUUCUUAUCCUCUCAUCCUUGUAUGCAAUUGCAAGCUUAUGCAGAUGCUGAUUGGGCAGAUUGUCCUGAUACACGUCGCUCAACCACAGGUUGGUGUGUGUUUCUUGGUGAUUCCCUUAUUUCUUGGAAAUGCAAGAAAUAGAAAACAGUGUC